UUCAUCAGGAUUGCAAAAUUGCAGUAGAUUAAGGCAAGCAAUCAUGGAGGCUCUCAUCCUAGAGCUAACUCUGGGGGUGGUAGCGACUAAUCUUUUGAAUACUGUUAGAGAGGCCAAAAAUAAAGCCAUUAACUUCAAAGCCGUACUCGCAGACCUCGAAACCACUAUAAUAAAAUUAGUUCCCAAGGUCAGUAGGAUCGAGCAGUUAAGCGAAGAGUUGGGAGAUUUGCCCAAGGCUGAAAUCCAACAGUUGAAACUGGAGUUGGGGAGAGCGACGCAGCUUGUUUCCAAGUGCAAGGAGAUAGCUUGGUGGAAUUACUGCAACAAGUAUAGGUACUCAAACAAGCUCCAUCAACUUCGUGCUACGCUUCGUAGGCUGAUUGAAAUGGAACUUCCAGUAGGACACGCGGAGGAUCAUAUGCAGAUCUUGACCGAGUUGAGAAAUAUUCGGGUAACGAAUGCUACGUGUUUUCUGUUAAUCCUGUGGAGACUGAAUAUUCCGGGUUUGAAACAUAAGGAUUUUGUAGAAAGAAAUGGCGAUGGCUCUUCUUGGAUUUCCGAAAAUGAAAAGUCACAUUGGAUAGAUUACUUGGUCGUAUAUAUAGUAUUUGUAGUUAACAUGUAUAAAAUGUUACAUGUCCUAGAUAUUGAUUAUAUUUGUGAAAUAAUUGGAUGAAGAAAUUAUGAUUGUAAUUAGCAGAAGUAAAUGACCAUUUCCAUUUUUCAAUAAAA